GCGGGGGCAGGAGGAUGCCGGGCCCACGUGGCCAGCCUAACGGACUUCGGCGGGGUGGGCGACGGGGUGACCUCCAACACGGCGGCCUUUGCGGCGGCCGUGGCCAACCUCAGUAAGGUGGCGUACGACGGCGACGCGAUGCUGGUGGUGCCGGCCGGUCGGUGGCUCACCGGGCCCUUCAACCUCGUCGACCACUUCACCCUCUUCCUCGACCACGACGCCGUCAUCCUCGCCACUCAGGAUAUCAACGAGUGGCCGAUCAUUGACCCUUUGCCCUCCUACGGUAGAGGAAGAGAUGCGGUUGGGGGUAGAUACAGUAAUCUCAUCAUGGGAUAUAACCUAACCGAUGUGGUCAUAACAGGGAAUAAUGGAACUAUCGAUGGACAAGGUGAAACCUGGUGGAAAAUGUUCCGUAACAAAGAACUCAAUUACACUCGUGGAUACCUCAUUGAAUUGAUGUACUGCAAACAAGUGCUGAUUUCCAACAUUACAUUGGUUAACUCUCCAUCGUGGAAUGUCCAUCCAGUGUACAGCAGCCACGUAAUCGUCUCAGGCAUCACAAUUCUUGCACCGGUCAACUCUCCCAACACUGAUGGGAUCGAUCCAGACUCAUCCUCCAAUGUCCGCAUUGAGGACUGCUACAUAGUCUCAGGCGAUGACUGCAUCGCCAUUAAAAGCGGUUGGGAUGAGUACGGGAUUGCAUUCAACAUGUCAAGCAAACACAUAGUGAUCAGACGGCUCACCUGCAUCUCCCCCACGAGCGCUGUCAUCGCCCUGGGAAGCGAGAUGUCGGGAGGAAUCCAAGAUGUCCGGGCCGAAGACAUCACGGCCAUCCACUCCGAAUCCGGCGUCAGGAUCAAGACGACCAUCGGAAGGGGAGCUUACGUGAAGGACAUAUUCGUGAGAAGAAUGAAUCUGCACACAAUGAAGUGGGUCUUCUGGAUGACGGGCACCUACGGGCAGCACCCGGACGACAAAUUUGAUCCGAAAGCCAUUCCGGUGGUGCAGAAUAUCAGUUACAGCAACGUGGUGGCCGAGAACGUGACCAUGGCCGCGAAGCUGGAGGGGAUUCCCGGCGCGCCCUUCACCGGAAUAUGCAUCUACAAUGUGACGGCGGAGGUGGUGAAGUCGAAGAAGCCGAUUUGGAACUGCACCGACGUGGAGGGCGUAUCGAGUCACGUGACGCCCACUCCCUGUGCGCAGAUUCCGGAAUAUCCAGAUCGUAUAACGCAUUGCCCCUUCCCUGAAGAUGAUCUACCUGUGAAUGGUGUUGGGCUAGAGGAGUGUGCUUAUCAGAGAGCCAAACCAUGA